UGCUGUGACACGUAAUGUGCGUCACGCCGACGACGCCCGAAGGGCACAGAUCUAAGGGUCGGGAGGACGUUCGGCCUCUGUGAGCCGCAGCCUUUUCGAGGGAGCGGUUGUGUGUUCGCCAUCUUAGGAAGAAGAUGUUCUCGUCCGUGGCGCAUCUGGCGCGGGCGAAUCCAUUCAACGCGCCCCACCUGCAGCUGGUACACGAUGGCCUCGCGGGCCCCCGCAGCAGCCCCGCGGGGCCCCCGGGCCCGCCCCGCCGUUCCCGCAAUCUGGUAGCAGCCGCUGUGGAAGAGUACAGUUGCGAAUAUGGCUCCAUGAAGUUUUAUGCACUGUGUGGCUUUGGUGGGGUCUUAAGUUGUGGUCUGACACACACUGCUGUUGUUCCUCUGGAUUUAGUGAAGUGCCGUAUGCAGGUUUGUAUUGAGAUGGCAACAUUGAAUGUAUCUAUCAUGUGUGACUUAAUUCCAAAUAAUUUUAAAAGGACUUCACAAACGAGAAAAUUUGAAGACAUCACAACUGCUAGAAACUUUUGUAGGAAACCAAACCCAAGUGUUCUUAACUCAUGAUCUUUAUUUUAAUUAGUGUUUUAAAUUGAAGAAAUGCCUCUUUUAAAAAUAAGAUUGUAGGCAGAUUUUUGGAUCUCAAACCCUGGCUGUAAAUGCUAUUUUGGUGCUGUGCUCAGUUCUGACAAGCGUUCCUCUUCAAGGCCUACUGGUUCUUUAUGCUCCCAAAUAGUCAUUUUACAAGCAGUUAGAUAUUAGAGUAGAUAAUCCUCCUUAGGUUU